AUGUUCCACGGUAGUCAAAAAGUUGUCGAAUCAUUUUUCAGGAGAACUCGUUUCAGGAGAUCGAAAAAGUUGAGAUCAUCAUUUAGGGGUUCCUUCAUCAACAGACCAAGCUCCGCCCACAGGUCAACUCCAUCCAAUCAGGAUCAAGUUAGGUCAACACCAGCCAAUCAGGAUCAGGGCCCCACAACAACCAGGUCACGCAGUGAAAGGGCUCAGUUCAAAAUAAAAAUCAAGCGCAAGAAAUCGAACAAGAUGGCGGACAGAGUCAUGAAUACUAAUGAGGAUGUUGUUGUUGGUGGUGGGGAUGAUGAUGAUGUGGUUGACUAUGUUGAAGGGGAGGAGCUACCGCUGAUUGACAGGACAGAAAAAAAUAACUCCAUGACCAGCGUCCAGCAUUCAAUAGCAUCAUCAUACUUAAACUUCAUCAAUUUAAAAUCUCAUCCGAUCAGACUGAUAAAAUCUUCUCUUAAGUAA